UCUCCUCCUGCUAAUCCCGGUGCCUCCUCCCCCUCUGCCGCCUAUGGCUGCACAGGACCCCCAGGCCUGCACUGGGACCCCCGGGGGGGACCAUGUCUGCACCCCAACCCUGCUGGAGUGGGGGGUCCUGUGGCCCCCGAGGGACAGUGCCCUGGGGGGUUCCUGGGCUCCUUUAUCUCCCCCAGCCUGGAGCAGCAUCUCAUGCACUGGGCCCCCAUAUAAGGCUCCCCCCCCGCCGGGGCUGGCAGCGCUGGAAAGCCAGCGCUGCUUUCCUGGCAGGACGCGGCCAAGGUCACUGACACCACAGGGAAGGUCCCCAGCUGGCACCCGGGGGAGCAGCCAGUGCAGCUGCAGCCAUGUCAUGCUGUACCUUCACCUUCCUCCUCCUCCUCCUAGUGGGACCAUCCCAAUGGGGCCAGGGGCACUAUACAGCCACCCCGGAGCCCCGGAGCAGAGCCAUGUUCCUCCACAGUCCUGCAGCCUCACUCUCCAUCCCGCGGGACAUGGUGACCUUCCCGGAGCACAGACACGGCCUCCGGCGGCAGAAGAGGGACUGGGUCAUUCCCCCCAUCAACUGCGUCGAGAACGACCAGGGGCCCUUCCCCAAGAAGCUGGUGCAGAUCAAAUCCAACAAGGACAAGGAGAUCAAGGUUUUCUACAGCAUCACGGGACAAGGAGUGGACACUAUCCCUAUGGGCGUCUUCAUCAUCGAGCAGGAGACAGGGUGGCUGGAGGUGACGAAGCCUCUGGACCGGGAGGAGAAGGAUAAGUACAUACUCUACGCCCAUGCUGUGUCAGCCAACGGGCAGCCCGUGGAGGACCCCAUGGAGAUCAUCAUCACCAUCACUGACCGAAAUGACAACUGGCCCAUCUUCUCCCAGGCAGCUUUCCAUGGCUCUGUGCCAGAGGGAGCUGAGCCAGGCACCAGAGCAGCCCCAGCCCCGCAUGUUCACCAUAGACAGCAACUCCGGGCUGAUCUCUGUGGCCGUGCCGGGGCUACUGGCAGAGGUGGGUCCCGGGCUUGGCCCCCACCCAGUGCCCACUCCCAGUUCAGGUGUGACGCAGCCUCUCACUGCAGGUGGUCCCUGAAUAUACGCUGGAGAUCCAGGCAGCCGACAUGGGGGGACACGGGCUGCAAGCCACCACCACUGCCCGCAUCACAGUGCAGGUGCUUUCCAUGGUGGGAGGUGAGGCUGGGAUGGCAGCUCCACAGCGGCUUCUCCUGGCCCAGCGCCCCAUCUUCCCGCCGGGCUCUGGGCCACCAGCCCCAGGGCUGCAGCACUGCUGGAGAGUGGGUGCGAGUGGGGCUCCUGGGCACAGCUCCCAGUGGGAAGCUGCCUGUGCCGGCUCAGCCCAGCCAGGGAGGAGCACCCAGUUCUGUGGGAGCCUUGUGCCAGGAUAGCGGCAUCCAGCCACGCCAGCUCUGUGGGGAGAGGCUGUGGCGCCAGGAAGGGCGGCCAGGGCCAGGGAUGGCGUUUUGCGCAGUGUCACCGGCCACAGGCCCCUGGCUGAGCGGGACCGAGGACAGCCAGGCUGACAGCAUGUCCGAUGCGGGGAACGGCUCCCUGACCACCCACGUGCUGAACACGGUCACGGGGCUGCCGGCGGCUGGCCUUGUCAUCCGCCUGGACCAGCUGGUGGAGCCAGGGCCGCAGUGGAGGGAGCUGGCACAAAGGCAUACGGACAUGGAUGGGCGCUGCCGGCCCCUCCUGGAAGCGGGACAGGCCAAGGCUGGCACCUACAAGCUGCGCUUUGAGACAGCACCGUAUUGGCAGGGGCUGGGGCACACCAGCUUCUACCCCUACGUGGAGGUCAUCUUCACCAUUACUGAUCCAGCACAGAAGCUUCAUGUCCCACUGCUGAUCAGCCCCUACUCCUACACAACGUACCGGGGCAGUUAGGGGGGCACAGCCUCCCCUCAGGGAUGCAGGAACGAUGCCACUAAUGCCAUUAAAGGCUCCAAACACCA